AUGAUGUCCUACAUUAAACAACCACAUUAUGCAGUCAACGGGCUGACCCUUACCGGCUCGGGUAUGGACCUCUUGCACUCGGCCGUCGGAUAUCAAAGUAAAUGGUCGAAGUGCCCAAGUGCAACUCCACGGAAACAGCGCAGGGAGAGAACGACCUUCACCCGUGCACAGCUGGACAUCCUGGAGUCUCUCUUCGCCAAGACUCGCUACCCUGACAUCUUCAUGCGGGAAGAGGUGGCACUAAAGAUCAAUCUCCCCGAGUCCAGAGUUCAGGUCUGGUUCAAGAACCGCCGAGCCAAAUGCCGCCAGCAACAACAGCAGAGCAGCGGCCAGGCUAAGGCCCGGCCAGCCAAGAAGAAGAACUCGCCGGCCCGGGACACAAGCUCAGAGACCAACGCCAGCGGCCACUACAGCCCGACGCCCGCCUGCACGGGGGUGACAGCCAGUUCCACCUCCAACGCCACCGUGUCCAUCUGGAGCCCAGCUUCCAUCUCGCCCAUCCCGGACCCGCUGUCCUCCACGGCGUCCUGCAUGCAGCGGUCCACCGCCUACCCCAUCACCUACAGCCAGGCUCCGGCCUACAGCCAAGGCUACAGCAGCUCCCCUGCCUACUUCAGCGGCCUCGACUGCGGCUCCUACCUCUCCCCGAUGCCCCCUCAGCUCUCCGCUCCCGGGGGCACCCUCAGCCCCCUGGGCACGCCGACCAUGGGCAGUCACCUCAGCCAGUCCCCAGCCCCUCUGUCUGCUCAAGGUUACGGCUCCGCAGGGCUGGGGUUCAAUACUGUCGACUGCCUGGAUUACAAAGACCAGAGCACAUCCUGGAAGCUGAACUUCAGUGCUGCUGACUGCCUGGAUUACAAAGACCAGAGCUCUUGGAAGUUCCAAGUCUUGUAA